GCUGUCAUCAGGAAUUGAAUUUUUACUUCAAGUGCGUUUUUAAUUUUAUUAUUAAUCUAUUAAAUCUUUUUUUGUCGAUAUUUGGUGAUUGUCUUAGUAAUUUCAUCUGAUUAAUUUAAUUUUUUAAUUUUCAUGUGGUUUACAAUGUGAUUUACUGUUUUGGUUGUUGCUUUAUCCGUUUGGUGGUGGACUUCAGUUGCUUAGCUACAUUUCAACAGCUUUGCCUUCUUCAGAUAUUUUUUUGUUUUCUUUCAUUUGUUGUUGUGAUAGAUUUUUUUAAUAAUCAUGGCUAAUUGGACUCCGAAGGAGGGCAAAAAUAGCCAUCAACCGUUCCAACCUCGACCACCAAUUUAUCAAGCAACCGAGUUUGAUGGUAAGCGGUUGAGGAAAGCAAUUGCCAGGAAAACAGUUGAUUAUAAUUCUUCAAUUGUAAAUAUGCUGGAGAAUAGGAUUUGGACUAAAAACCAUUUAGAUAGGAGAGUUAUACAGCCUGAUUUCGGUUACUAUCCCCAAUUACUACCUCCCAUGUCUUUUGUUGACAAUCCUGUCAAUUGUGUAACAACCAAAUUUGUUCGUACUUCAACAAAUAAAAUGAGAUGUCCAAUAUUUUGUGUCCUUUGGACUCCUGAAGGUCGCCGUCUGGUUACUGGUGCAUCGAGUGGAGAGUUUACCCUUUGGAAUGGACUGACUUUUAAUUUCGAAACCAUUCUGCAAGCUCAUGAUACUGCUGUUCGGGCUAUGGUUUGGUCAUCCAAUGAUAUGUGGAUGGUUACCGCUGAUCAAGGUGGUUAUGUAAAAUACUGGCAAAGUAAUAUGAAUAAUGUAAAAAUGUUUCAUGCACAUGAUGAUCCAAUUAGAGGUGUUUCAAUGAGUCCGUCAGGCAAUAAAUUUGCGACCUGUUCUGAUGAUGGAACCAUUAAGAUCUGGGAUUUUUUCUCUUGUUGUGAGGAUAGAGUUCUUCGAGGCCAUGGAUCUGACGUUAAAGCAGUUGACUGGCAUCCAGAGUAUGAUCUUAUUGUUUCAGGAAGCAAAGAUAGUCAGCAGCCAAUUAAGUUAUGGGAUUCCAGAAGCGGAACGAAUUUAGCAACUAUACAUGCUCAUAAAAGUACAGUUAUGGACGUCAAAUGGAAUCAAAAUGGAAACUGGCUUCUAACUGCAUCUAGAGAUCAUUUAAUUAAAAUUUUCGACAUUCGAAAUGUUACCACAGAAAUGCAAAUUUUCAGGGGCCAUAAAAAAGAAGCAUGCUGCUUAGCAUGGCAUCCAGUCCACGAAUCUCUCUUUGCUAGUGGUGGCUCAGACGGUUCUAUCCUGUUUUGGCUUGUUGGAACGGAGAAAGAAGUCGGUGGCAUGGAAUUAGCUCAUGAUUCUGUUGUUUGGUCGCUAAGUUGGCAUCCUUUAGGACAUAUUUUAGCAUCUGGCUCUAAUGACCACACUUGCAAAUUUUGGACAAGAAAUCGUCCUGGUGAUAGAAUGGGUGAUAAAUAUAAUCUUAAUAUUAUGCCAAAAGGACAAGAAGAAGUUGAAUAUGAAGAUGUUGAUGCUUACCCGUCAAUUCCUGGUAUAACAAGAGGUGAUAAUGAAGAAGAUAAUUUCCCAGAAGAAAUGAUUAUGAAUAAAUCGAUUCCCGGGCUUGGUUUACCAGUUGAGUCAAAUAACGAAACCAAAACGGAUGAAGGCGAAGGUCAACCUAACCAACAGCGUAAAGUUCCCUUCUCCAAGCCUGUUCCUAAAAUGUUUGAAAAUCAAUGGUCUGAUCGAAAAUCUCAUCCUGUGAUAGCACCGCCUAAUGAUAUCGAUAGACAGUACAAUACUGAUCAUCAUCAUCAUCAUAUCAAUUCAAAUUCAUCUCAGCAACCUCAUCCUCCAUCCUCUCAGCCUCCAAAUGGUCCCCAUCAACCUCCCUACAUGCAUGGGCCUCCACCAUUAGGACCUCCAUCUCAUCAAUAUCCUCCUGGUCCACCACCGCAUCCAAUGGAUCAUCCCAUGGAUGGUCACAUGGGCUAUCCCGGAGGUCCACCACCAGGACAUGGUCCUAUGCAUGGUCCAGGUCCAAGUGGGCCAGGUAUGCCUCCUGGUGGACCAAUGCCUCCACCUCACAUGAGACGAGAUGAUAUGGGUCGUGGAAAUGAUUAUCACUACAACAUGCAUAAUGAUCGUUUUCAUCAUAUGCCUCCACCACAUUCGAUGCCUCCUCAUCACCCUAAAGACAAAUAUUCUCAUCGUAAUCAACAUCCGCCAUCUCAUUCACCACCGCCCAUGGGUGGCCCUAUGUACAAUGACAUGCCUGGUCCUGACUAUCAUAGACGUGAUAUGCGUUGGAGGGAGGACGAGUAUCGAGGUAGAGAUGAAGACUUUAGGAGACAUAAUUAUGAACCAAGAGGUCCUGGUUGUGAACCGCCUUGGAGACGUCCUCCUCCCCCUCCUCCUGAUGAAUUUCAUUGGAGACCCAAUUACCCGCCUAACGAUGUUAGGUGGAGAAGAGAUAUGAGAGGUAACCCAAAUGAUCAAAGAUGGGACUGGGAUAGAUCAGGACCUGAACAUCAUCGUCAAAUUCAUCACUGAUAUUAUUAGUUUUGGAAAGUUUAAUCAAUCUAUUAAAAUCUAAUUUAGAUCAAGUUUAAACUGAAACCAAAUCUUUAAUUAACUUGUAAACAAAAAAGACAAAAGAUUUGUUGCGAGUAAAUUUUUUGAAAUGUAAAUUUUUCUACGACAAAUGAAUAUACUCUUUUGUUAUUCACAUUAAAAGAUUUAUAAACCAAA